CCCCUGAGAACGAAGUGCUAUAAACUUUUUCCGUUGUCAAGGCAGUGAGUGAGGUGGCUUAUGGGAUAGUCAAAAUGGCCGCCGAAACUUCGCUUGAAGAACAGGAUGUGACCAUGGAGGAAAGCACACCUUCUAAAGAACAAGGAGUACAAAAGAUGUUUACUCUGAAAAAGUGGAAUGCCGUGGCCAUGUGGUCUUGGGACGUAGAAUGUGAUACAUGUGCUAUUUGCCGUGUGCAAGUGAUGGAUGCUUGCCUUCGAUGCCAGUCCGACAACAAACAAGAGGAAUGUGUUGUUGUUUGGGGAGAGUGUAAUCACUCAUUUCAUAACUGCUGUAUGUCACUGUGGGUCGUGCAAAAUAACAGAUGUCCAUUAUGCCAGCAAGAGUGGGUUGUACAAAGAAUUGGAAGAUGAUAUCCUGGGAAUCCAGUCAGCAAACUGUACUCAAAGAACUGCUGGUUUUCUGUUUAUAUGAAUUCAAAAUUGGAAGCUUCGAGAUUUCUGAUUUUUACAUAGCAAGUCAAAUGCUAAGUUUUUCUGUUUUGAAAGAAGUGAAUAUUAAAUAGUAAGAUACUUGUAGGAAUAGACAUUGAGUUAAGAUAUAACGAUCAACACAUAGUUGGGUGACAAUAAAUAGAUAUCAACAACCUGGA